GUCAGUAACAAUACUAGAUAAUACCAGUGAUAAUAUUUCCUUUUCCAGGUAAACAAAACUUACACCUGAAACCGAAACUAAACUGCAGUCUCCUACACAAGGUGAUAGGACAUUAACAUGGCCACCCAGCAGCCUUACCUGUGCAAGAUCGUCCCGUUUACAGGCCACAUCCAAGGAGGUCUGUUUGAAGGAAAGACGGUCACUGUGACAGGACGAGUUCUGGCAGGAGCAGAGAGGUUUGUUGUGAAUCUGCAAUGUGGCACUAACAAAUCCAGUGAUAUCGCCCUUCACUUCAACCCACGCUACGUGGGUAACUCGGGUCACGUGGUGUGUAACACACUGCAGAAUUCCUGCUGGGGUUCAGAGCAAAAGACCAAAAACACCCCACUUCCCAGAGGCUCUGACUUCACCCUCAGCUUCCUGGUCAACCGAGACUCCUAUUCGGUGAUCGUGAACGGAGCCCACUUCCUGGAGUACCUGCACCGCCUCCCUGUCUCCUGUGUGAACGCCAUCUCAGUGGACGGAGGUAUAGAACUCGUGUCCAUCGCUUUCCAGAACCCGAACUUUCCCAUCAACCAGAGAGGAUUUCUGACGCAUCAAGUGGUGCAGAAGGUCGGAAGCUCAGUGACCCGUGGAUCAGGUAGGAAUAGACAGAGACAUCAGCAGUACGAGAGCCCGGUCCAGGCGGCUGCUAGUUGGUUUGUCGCUGCACCGCCGCCAUACAGCGCACCUACUUACGUUUUACCGUAUAAAGCUAUUAUUCAGGGUGGAUUUUACCCGGGCAGAGUCUUCACCGUACAGGGCUGUGUCAACCACGACACUGACAAGUUCAGCAUCAACCUGCGUCAUAACUCCGGCAUUGCUCUCCACUUCAACCCGCGUUUCACCGAGAACGCAGUGGUGCGUAACAGCCUUCUGAAUGAGUGCUGGGGAAAUGAGGAGAAGAGCGGCGGCAUGCCCUUCUACAGAGGCCAGCAGUUUACGGUGAGCGUCACGUGCGACACUCAGUGCUACAGGAUCGCCGUGAACGGCGUCCAGAUGUUCACCUACAACCACCGUUACUUCCUGUUUCAGCAGAUCGACAUCCUGGACAUUGAGGGAAACAUCAGUCUGAGUUCUGUUGUAGUUUAAGGGCUGGUUUUGACGUUCGAAGCUUUAAGCUAUAAAACUGUAAAACCAGUUCAAACCAGAAUAAUGCUUCAAACGAGUCUUUUAUGUAAAAAUCAUUUGUUUUACACACACACACAUUUACAUUUACAGCAUUUAGCAGACACGCUUAUCCAGAGUGACUUACAACUGAGCAACUGAGGGUUAAGGGCCUUGCUCAGGGGCCCAGCAGUGUCAGCUUGGUGGACCUGGGGUUUAAACCCAUGACCUUCCGAUCAGUAGCCCAACACCUUAACCACUGAGCUACCACAUCACGCACGCACGCACGCACGCACGCACGCACGCACGCACGCACGCACGCACGCACGCACGCACGCACGCACGCACGCACGCACGCACGCACGCACACACACACACACACACACACACACACACACACACACACACACACACACACACACACACACACACACACACACACACAGGGUGUUUUUAGGAGGUCUUUAGCUACGUUUAUAUGUAUUUAGAAUGUGUGUUUGCAAAUAAACGAGUCAAAAAAAUUCUAAA